AUGAACUGCAGUUUUUGCGAUCACAUUGGUGACGUUAUUGCAGAGAGUAAAUGUUCUAAUAAGGCUGACGGUAUGUAUGUUGAUCAGUGUUCUGAAGAGUAUUACGUUUGUUCAAAUGGAAUGAUAUCGAAGUUUGUGUGUCCUGUGGGAUUGGUUUAUAAUACUGAGAGAUCGUACUGCGACUAUAAACAGAAUGUGAGGAUAUGCGGUGCAAAUGGCAUCCAACAGCAACAGCAAGCAAGCACUACGACGACUGCACCUCCAUUCAUGUUCUUGCGAACAACAUGGACCACAAGAACACCAAUUUUGCAAGAUAAUAAACUAGGCGAACAAGGUUGCUCAGUGUUACCGAAUGGACCACAAGCUCUCGGCGAUUGUCUCCCGCAAUAUAUG